AUGCUCGGCUGGUCGACUCAGCUCGGCAACAAGCUCUUUGGGCCGGAUCCGAAGUUCGAGUUUGCGAAACCUGGGCAGGGUGUGGACUUGCUGGCGGGGCGUACGAUACCCUUGGACAGUCCUUACUGGCGACAAUACCUCACCCUGUUCGACUCGCCCUCCGACGUCGUCCUCCUCCUCCCUUCCACCUCCCUCCUCUCAGCCCUACACUCCAACCCCCUCAACGUCCUCACCCUAAUCCACUUCCUCACCACCUCCCUCUUCACACUCCUCUUAAACCCAUCAUUCCCGAAUGCAGAACUGGCGAAAGAGGCGUUGAAUGCGGUGAGGGUACUGAGUAGGGUCGUGCCACUUGUGCUGGCGCCGAGGGUGGCGGGUGCGGUGGAUCAGGUUGAAGAGGAGCUGUUCUGGAGGAGGGAGAAGGUGCCGCUUAGGGAGGAGGUGGGAGAAGAGUCGGCGAGUGGGAAGGAGGAGGCAAAGGCGAGCGACGCAGAGGGGCAGUUCGUCCUCGAAGACGAGGAGGACGAGGAUACGACGCCAGUAGACCCGCUCACCUCCGCGUCAGCGGUGAAGGCGCAGCACGAAGCGGAGGAAUCGGCGUUUGAGGAACUGCCGCCUCUAGCGGAACGGCUGCUGAGCGCCCUUGUCGACUUGCUCUUCGUGCCGGGCUUUACGCUGCCUGACAGCAGUCGGGCCGGCGCAGACUCGAGUAUCGUGACCUACUCUAUCUGGGAAUCCGGCAUCGCCUCGCCUGCACCCUCUCACCCACGCCCCGCCCUACCACUCACCUCCCUCUCUGCCCGCCUCGAGAUCCUCCGCCUCCUAACCCUCCUAAUCUCCCUCCCCUCGCUGCUCACGUCCCCCUCGCACUUCCCCUCUCUCCCAAACACCUGGCGCGAAGCACUCGUCUCGGGCCGCGCAGCAGGGCGGGGCGACAAGAACGUCGUGCUUUGCUUGUUGUGCUCGGUGUUGAAUACGGCGUUGAAUGCUGGAGCGGCGGGUGCAGCGGGAACGAGCGCGGGUGCGGGAGUGGAGGGCUUGAGAGAGAGGGCGGCGAGGUUGGCGGCUGAGACGGCGAAACGGACUGCGCCAGUCGCGGACGGUUCGGACGAGGCGAGCGUCAAGAACGCGCUCGUCGGCGCAUGCCUGCAGUUCCUCGACACCGUCUUGAUCGACCAUGCACCCGUGGAAGGUGCCGAAGCUGCGCCAAACCAAUUCGCCUUCUACCUCUCGAAACUGCACCGGCCUUCCGACUUUUCGUUCCUCCACUCCGGCCUCGUCGGACUCAUCACUACCUCCCUUGCCGCGCCCUCAACAUCCUCGCUCUUCCCCCUCGGCCUGCCUUUACCCGUCAACAUCUCUCCCUCCUCCUCGCCCACCUCGCCCGCACGAACGAAGAAACCCGCCGGCUGGACAACCGAAGCCCUCACAAUCCUCUGGCGCACGCUAGAUACGAACCGUAAAUUCGUCAGCUGGCUCGUCAAGCCCCACUCGACUUCCGAAGGCAAGUCGAGGUUGCUCGAGACGCUCGUGGCGGUCGAAGCUUGCAUGCUCGAUUGGCACCCGGACGAGACGCAGAUUGGGCUGGUCCGGCUUGCGAGUUUCAUCAUGCAGACGAUUUCGGCGGAGGCUGCGAGUGCUGGAUUGGCGAGCAAAGAGGCGGAGGAGGAGGUCAAGCGCGUGUUGAACGCGCCGCUGGAGCCGGAGGUCGUCGGAGCGAGGUUGGCGGGUGUCGUCAGAAGGCAUGUGGCGAGUCAGGGGAUCGAAGUUGGCGAGGAGAGGCAGGGUGAGCGGAACCGAAAACGCGAGACGAAGAGCGUUAGUUUCGUCGAGUACCUCCUGAUCGUUCUUCACGCCCUCCUCAUCCCCUCGCCCACGACCGCCGCCGCCCCUCAAUCCACCCGCUCCUCCCUCUCAACCCUCUACCCAUCCCUCCUCCUCACAGUCUCGAACCUCUCGCCCCUCUUCCGCGACGUAGGCGCCGACGCAGCGACGAGGCUUGUUAGGGUCUGGCUCGCGUUCUCGGCGCCGAGUUGGGUGUUGAUGGAGGAGGGGAACCCGAGGUUGAUCUUCUACCUACUCGAGACGUUCAACAACGUCGUGCACUUCAACCUCGACUCGAACCCGCACAUCAUGUACGCCUUGCCCGUCAUCUAUCAGCGCUUCGACCUCCUCGCCAACUUCACGCUCGCACAAGGGAUCGCCGAGGCCCGUCGAUUGCGUGCUGCGCGACGCGAGCGCCAGCAACGAGCGUCAUCGGGCGGCUCUACCCUUCGUCCAAUCAGCGAAGGCGUCGCGGCGUCUGCGCGGACAAGCGAAGACAGUCCCGCAGCUUCGUCGGAAAAGGCGCUCGGCAAACGACGCGAACGGACGCUCUCGCUCGGCAGUCUCGCAGACUUGUCGCUCUCGUCGCCUACAAGUCCGAACUUGUCGCGAACGACGUCGAACACAAGCGGGGGGCCGUUGAGUCCGACAGCGAGCGAGGCGGGCGAGACGGGCGACGAGCAGAGGCCGUUUGUCGGCAAGAACGGUUUCGUCCCGACGACUGAAUGGGUGGCAGCCUGGCGGGAAGGCUUGCCGCUCGACACCUUGAUGAUCGUUCUCUCCAAGCUGCGACCAAAGCUGCUCGAGCUCGACCCGUCCUUCCCCUCUUCCACGCCCUCAGCCUCAGUCAUCGCCUCUCUUCGUGCUCUACUCGUCUCGCCAUCGCUCACCACUCUCCUUCCGCCUCUCUCUUCGCAACCGCCGCCUCGAAUCCGCUCGUUCGCCUCUUCCGCAGCAUCAACGACCUGGUUCGCCUCAGUCAUCUACGGGCGCAUAUACCUCUCGCAGCUCGACUACCUCCGAGAUACGCUCGCGGUUCAGCUGUUCGCGGUUGCUCAGGCGCCCGACUCGGCGGCAGGCGGGUUGUGGCGGCGAGCUGGAGCUGUCGGCGGUGUGCAGGGCGUGGUCGGUGGCUUGAGCGCGGGUCUCGGAGCGGAGCUCGACAGAGUUAGCAGGUCGGCGGUCGAGGUGGGCGGGAAAGUCGGCGAUACUGUUCGUGGCGUGCUCGGUAGAUUCGGCGGCGGCGGUCGAUAG